AGGAUAGGCAUGGAUCAAUAAGAUACCGUGGUUUUCAUGUUGUAGAAAGAACUGAAACUUGUGAAAAAGCUCAAAGCUUCAGCCCCCCUGUAGUUACACCCCCUGAAGCCCCCUGAAAAGGCUUCAGUACACUCAAUACCCUCAUGCAGAAAUAUUACAGGAGCUCAGACUGGGACCCUUGCAUACCUUCCUGUUCUGUCCAGAAGGAAGGAAAUUGGUGGAAUGGCCUCCUCUCGUUUGUAAACUUCUUAUGUUCUUAUGGAAAUGUCUUUUUUACAGUUUGGUGCUAAUUUUGUCCUGUGGGCUUUUGGUUUCAUUCAUAGGAAGUGGUUUCUAAAAACUAGUCUGCCUUGCCAGUCUGCCUGCUGCAGGGUGUGAUAUUACAAUGGAAUUUACACAGACCUGCUUCAUCCACAUCUUCCUCGCGUUCCUCAUCAAAUUAACAGGUGCUGAGGGCAUCGUCACCAUCAAAGCAAACAAAGGGCAGAAGAUCCUUCUCCCCUGCAACGUAUCUGAGGACAGUCUUAAUAAAACAUAUACUGUCAACUGGAGGAAGAAUGGAACCUCUCCAGCCCUCUGUUAUUACCGCGUGUCACAAAAUGGUGCCACAAAAAACUGGAAGUGUGGAUCCCGUUAUGUGACUGAAGGACGACCUCCGCGACUUUACUUAACAAAUGUCAGCUUCAGUGACUCUGGGGUCUACAACUGCUCUGUGGAAAGACAAAUUCCCCCACCAAACAAGGAGAAAAUCUAUUUGGUGGAUCUUCUAGUUGGAGAUGCAGCUCGUCCCACAGUGUCUGUGUCCCGGGUGGAGGGGCCCAGUGGGAACCCGGCGCUGCUCUGCUCCGUUCGGGACUUUUACCCAGAGAGCAUAGAGCAGGACUGGCUCCGGGACGGACUCCCACUGAACGUGACCCCUGACAGACGCAGCACAGUCAACCCAGACGGCUCCUACUCCCUCGACUCCUACUUGUCUCUGACACCAGCACAUGCUGAGGAUGUGCUCUGUUCCUGCUGGGUCAAUCACUCCUCUCUGGACCUGCCUCUCAACUACACUUUUCAGUGUAAAGAACACAAAACAGCUGGAGUGGCGGUUCCUAUACUUUGCGGAAUAUUUUGCGUGAUGAUCAUUUUCCUUGUUUUUAUACUGUUUAAGAAAUUCAAAGCAGUCCUCCGUUGCUCUUCUGGAUCCAUCCACACACCGCCCAACAACGUCCAGGAGUCACUGAGCAAUUCCAUUUAUUCAAACCUUUGGGAGCACCAAGCAAAUGCAACAUAUAAUACUUGACUUAAAAUCAAGUCUUAAAAAAGCAAAACCUGUUAAGGCCCCAGGUGUAAUUGGUUACAUAUUUACUAUAUAUACUCCAUUCUAGUAACUUAUGGCCAAAAGUUAGUAAUACAAACAUUGUGGGUUCAAGGCCCAAAGAGUACACCCAAAUUAUAACCUUUCUCUCUACUAUAAGUGGCUCAAGAUAUAUGAGCUAAAAAAUAUUACUUCAUAUUUUUCCCACAUAUAGUGUCACAUAAAUGUAAAUUUGUAAAGCAUAAAUUUAAUAUUCACACAAUAUCUAGACAUUGGUUAGUUUAAUUUUGGUUAAGAGUGAAAUUCAUACUAACAUACAUUUGUAACCG